AUGGUAUUGAAAACAUUCAAAGUUGAUGGGAUAUCUCCAAUAAAGGCCGAGACUUUGACACCAGAGAGUUUUCUGAAAUAUGGAGGUGUAAUCAGUGCAGAUCACCAACUUGAAAAAGUACAAAGUUCAGAAGCAAACUACGGGACCGCUAUAAAAAUUCACAAGGUUGCUCCCAUAGUUAACAAUUAUUCAAACUGCCCUAGUGGCAAGGAAGCGACGGCAAAUUGGAACAUUUUUAGAUGCAAAGCUCCAAAGCAUUUGAUCAAUCAUGGAAGUUUAAAUAGUGUUUACACAUCAAAAGUAUUAGAGAGACAUCCGUUUAGUACCCAAACGUUUCUACCAUUAGGUCAAGAUUUGCAUAAAGUUUCUUAUUUAGUCAUAGUGGCCAAAACAGAUGAGAGCACGGAAGAGAAAUUGCCUGAUCCAACCCUGAUUAGAGCGUUUGUUUGUAAAGGCAACCAAUCGGUUACAUACGGAAUAGGCACUUGGCACGCACCAAUGGUGGUUAUCGAUGAGAAAGUCCCACAUAUAGAUUUUGCAGUAUUCAUUCACGAAAAUGGUGUGGCUGACGAAGAUGUUCAAGAAUGUUACUUUGAACCAGGGUAUAGCAUUGUGUACAAUCAGAUUGAAGCAAAAUUGUAA